UAUCUAUACUGCUCACGAAAACUAAUUGCUUCUACGUUUCGAUAAUUAACAAUUCUUUUUACCUACCCAGAUCGAACAUACGAACACGAACGUACGGCAACGAGCACAGUCCCUCGUUUCGAACACGCCUUGUUCGAAAGUCUCUGAGAAAAAUUUAACUCACUGUCCGUGUGACGUACGUCCACAAUCUUCCGACGCCAUGGACGACCUGGAAUUAAUGAAUACCCCGGAUUUGUUCCGGCUACGAACCACUGCAAAACGCCAGCACACGAACCUCGUUACGCGAGUGUACAACAUGAUUAACAGGCGGGCAGCGCAAGCUGGAUUCGCGGUGUUGUCAACGGAUCUUGAAGCUGCGCUAGAGCGUAUCACGGCGAUUAACGAGCGGUACGUCAUCGCAGGAGAGCUGGAUGAUCAAGAAAGAGCGGCAGCAGAGGACUACAUCCAAGGCGUUGCUGCGGUAAAUAGGCAAGCACGGCUUGCCAUUGGAGCAUAUUUACAACCCGGCGUUAACCCGCGCUUAGAAGGAUGGAUCGUUGAAGACUCGAAUAUUGAUCAAGCUCUGCAGCAGAAUCCCCCGACUGAAUCCACUGGAGCAGAAGAAGAUCAGGAUAGCGGUCCAGAGCAUAAUGAAAUAAACCAACGAUCUGUUCGGGCCGAUCCUCCCAUCGACCCAUUAAUUUUGGGCUCAACUGGUGGCGUCAAUAACCAAACCGAGCCUAACGAGGCCAAUCAAGCGAAACGACGAAGAAUUAAACUUGAAUUCGAACUCGAAAGGAAAAAGGUUGAACGUUCCCGCAAGAUGGAUGAUCUUUUACGUCAAUGCGAGAGAGAAGAAGAAGAUCUUAAAAUGGCAAUCGAGCGCGAAAGGGUCUUGGCUGGUGCGCUCGAUGGAUCAAUUCAAGGAAACCCAAUCCUUUCAUCCACACCAAAGCGCAAUAUGGAUACCGUCGGAAACUUACGACCCGUAGAAGCAAACGAAAGAUCGGCAACAUUCGCUCCGCCAAGUCGUUGGCCAAAGAUUAUCGUCGAAAAAUUCAACGGGGAUCCGCGAAAAUGGCAAAGAUUCGCGCACGGUAUUCACGCCACCGUUCGCGACGCGAACAUCCCUGACUCCUACAAGCUUUUGGGCCUUCAAGACAACAUUACUGAAGAUAUUUGGAAAAGGAUGAGCCACAUUUUCAACGGAUCAUAUGCAUUUGAGUCGGCUUGGAUUGAAUUAGAAGUUAAAUAUGGAAAUCCAGGUCUUAUAAUGCAGGCGCAUAACCAGCACCUUCUCCAAGUCAAGCCUUUCAAAACCGGGGACUUUAAUUCGCUCUUCACUUUAGCGGCAGAUGUCCGUGAUGCCGUAUCGAGCGUUUCCGUUGAGCACUCAAAGGAAUUUACGUAUUCAACCUUCAUCACCACGCUCGCCUCAAAGCUUCCAAUUCAGCUUCAAAUCGACUGGGGAAAAUAUGCAUAUUCCCUUUGUUUGAAUCUAUCAUCGCUACGAGAUUUCGUCAAGUGGAUUGAUAUCGCUGUCGGAGCAGAAGAGUAUCGCGGAAUUCGACUUUCCGUGGCCGGAGAUACCGUUAAUAAACCCGCCCAUAAUAUUCACCCUCGGCAGCAAGGCGGCUAUGGUCAACCUGGUAGCAGUGGUUAUCGUGGACCUACUGUGUUGACGAACGGAAUUCAAGAAAAAGUAGCAGCUCCGCAGUGCCCUGCCUGCAGUGCCAAUCCUGGUCAUCGCCUCGAGUAUUGCAACGUUUUCAACAAAAUGUUGGUCAACAAACGAGCAGCUCUCUUCGCCGACAACAAUUUUUGUUUCAAAUGCUUGACACAAGGCCACUACGGAAGAAAUUGCUCCCGCACUGACGUGAAAUGUAAGGACUGCGGAAAGGCCCACAACACUCUCUUACACGGAGCCGAUCGCCAAUUUCCGUCUGCAAAAAGUCAAGGUAACGAAUCUCUAAAUGUAUUAACGAUUCGUGCACCUAACCCGAACCACAUACGUCCCGUAUUGCUAGCCAUCCUACCCGUCACUGUAAAAGGUAAUGAGUCCGUCGCCGAAACAUUUGUGGUAUUAGAUCCGGGGAGCGAGGCAACGCUCAUUACGAACGCUCUCGCAGAAACUUUAAAUUUGACAGGACCCACCUUUCGUAUCCGCUUCGGUAACUUCAAUGAUUCAAUCACCAUCGACUCUAAGGUCGUUUCGUUCCGCAUUGCGUCUAUGAACUAUGAAGCCUCCAUCAGUGAAGCUUUUCUCGUUCCAAAAAUCAGUCUAUCACCUAGAAAGAUCGAUUGGCCAAAACUGAAGACACACUGGGCUCAUCUCGCAGACUUAAAUUUGCCAGCAAUAGACUCUUCUCAAGUUGGUGUAUUGAUUGGAGCGGACCAACUUUCCGCCCAUAUACAAAAGGAGAUUAGGGAAUCAAUUGAAGAUGACGGCCCUACAGCGAUUCUAACUCAAUUUGGAUGGUCAGUGGUGGGGAAAAUUCAAAAUUUUCUUGUGGCCGGGCCAAGCAAGAAAUUAUAUAUCGACAUUCACUCAGUUUCCCAUGAUGAGGCGCUAUGUAAUCUCGUAGAACAAUUUCACUCUACCGAGUCUUUCGGUAUGGAUGUUUAUGCUCCCACGAUCACCUCGGCCGAAGAUGCUCAAGUAAUAGCCGUGCUCGAAUCAUCAGCAAUUUUCAUCGGGUGCGGAUGGCAGGUGGACCUCCCUCUACGCUCAAAAGGCUUUGUCUUCCCUAAUAAUAGAAAACAGGCUGUGUCUAGGUAUUAUGGGAUGGAACGACGUCUCUCGUUGCUGGAAAACCAACAUUAUGCGGACAAAUACAAUCUCAUCGUAAAAAAGCUUAUUGAUUCCGGCACCGCUGUAAAGGUAAACUCGUCUGCAAUCAACAAGCCGGAAGGAAUGAUAUGGUAUUUGCCACAUCACUUCGUUGAAAAUCCAAACAAAUCAGGAAAAAUCAGAGUGGUUAUGGAUUGUGCUGCGAGUUUUUGUCAAGUCCCGCUCAACACCCAACUUCUCCGUGGGCCGCCGUUGCUCCCAAAGCUAAUAGGAGUGCUUCUACGAUCGAGGGAAUGUCUUUUUGCACUUUCUGCGGAUAUAGCGGCCUUUUAUCAUCGCGUCGGAAUUCCAGAAAAACAUCAGUCUCUCCAACGAUUUGUCUUCCGCGAAUUCGGAAGCAAUAAACCGCUGAAGACAUAUCAAAUGACGACCUUGGUAUUUGGGGCAGUUCAUGCAUCAACCGCGGCAAUUCGGGUCUUGCAGCAUGCGGUCUGUCAAAACAGAAAUUAUCCCGAAGUUGCAUCGCGAAUAAGGCAAAAUUUUUACGCUGAUAAUUUAAGUGACUCGUUCGACACCGUAAAGGAAGCCAUAAAAUUCGCAAAGGACGUCACAUAA